UUAACCAAUAUUGACUAAGCAUAGUGGAAAGAAAAACCUUUGAGAUGGGCAAGGAUGAAGCAGAAUCUCCCCAUGUACUCAUCUUCCCCUUGCCACUACAAGGACCUGUGAAUUGCAUGCUCAAACUCGCCGAGCUUUUGGCUCUUAACCACCUUGCUGUCACCUUCCUCAACACAGACUACAUCCACAACUGCCUGCUCAAAAACACCAAUAUUCAGUCCCGGUUCCAAAAUUAUCCUGGAUUUAACUUUGAAACCGUCCCGGAUGGCCUGCCCGAAGGCCAUCCGCGGACAGGUGAUAAAUUCAUUGAUAUUGCUAAUGGUAUAGAGGAAGUAUCGAAGCCACUUCUGAAAGAGAUGUUGACUUAUGGAAAGCUUAGUUUCAAGUCAAGCAAGCCAGUGACUUGCAUGAUAGCAGAUGGAUUCUUCAGUUUUGCUGUUGAUGUAGCUAAGGGUGCUGGGAUUCCACUUAUUUAUUUCGACACGAUCAGCCCUUGUGCUCUUUGGACAUUUUUCUGUCUUCCAAGGCUCAUUGAGCUGGGAGAGGUUCCUUUUAAAGAAGAGGAUUAUGACAGAAAGGUUAAGGGUGUGCUCGGAUGUGAGAAUUUUCUGAGGUACCGUGAUCUGCCCAGCUUUUUCCGCACAAGUGACCUAAACCAACGUAUAGUUCAACUUAUUCUGCAGGAGGUUAAAGAAUUCCCACGAUCCGAAGGAAUGAUACUUAACACAUCUGAACACAUAGACGGGCCUAUUGUUUCCCAACUAAGCACUAUAUGUCCAAAAACUUAUUCCAUAGGUCCUCUCCAUGUGCUCCACAAGUCUAUUUUACUUUCAGCUCAGAAAGGCUCAUCACAAGACAAUUCUUCUAAUAGUCUAUGGGAAGAUGACAAGAGCUGCAUGACCUGGCUAGACGCCCAGCCUCAAAAAUCGGUGAUUUAUGUUAGCAUUGGAAGUCUUGCAGUCAUGACAAAAGACCAGCUUAUGGAGUUGUGGCAUGGCAUAGUGAAUAGUGGAAAGCGGUUUUUGUGGCCUCAACGACCUGGAUCAAUUGCUGGUAAAGAUGGUGAUGAUGCAAUCCCGGCUGAACUUUCUGAUGCUACGAAGGAGAGGGGGUGUAUAGUGAGUUGGGUAUUUCAAGAGGAAGUUUUAGCACACCCUGCUAUUGGAUUAUUUUUGACUCACAGUGGUUGGAACUCAACCUUGGAGGGUUUAGUAGAGGGAGUGCCAAUGAUUUGUUGGCCUUAUUUCGUCGACCAACAAGUGAACAGCAGGUUUGUACAAGAAGUAUGGAGGGUUGGAAUCGAUAUGAAAGACACUUGUGACAGAGUUACAAUUGAAAAGGCAGUGAGGGAAAUUAUGGAGGAUAAGAAAGAUGAAUUUGAGAGUUCUGCUUCCAAGAUGUCCAAACUUGCUAGGCAGAGUGUUUCUGACCAAAGUGGAUUGGCCCAUUGCAGUUUUAAUCGCUUGGUUGAAGACAUUAGGGUGAUGACACAGAGGACACCAGCUCAUGAGUAGCUGCAAUAUAUUUAUACUUGUAUCAAUUUUUCAGUAUGAUUUCAGACCAUCAGCUUGUAAUAAAGAUUUUGUGACUAAAAUUCUUUUCGAAGAUAUUGUCAUGGUUACUACUAAUACAAA